GCUUCCGGCCCGGCCGAGCUGAGCGCGGCCCUGCCCGGCCGCGGCCUCGGCCCCGGCCCCGCGCUCCUUCGGGGCCCUUCCCUUCUCCGGCUGUCCCCCCUCGGCUCCCGCCCUCCCUCGGCUCUCCAGGGCACAGCCACAAGGUCUGGGGGCUCGUUCUUGCCCCCGAGGUUGCGGGCGCUGCCAGGCCCGAGUUGGUGGCCUUGAGACCUUCGCGGCCUGAGGAGGCUGGCAAGGCAGGUUUGGUGCCCGGGGCGUGCGUUGUGGUUUAUAGGAGUUAAAAUACAGCCUGCAGAAACACACUGCCCAGCCCUGGAACGGACUUGGCACCGAGAACCUUGGCGGGCUUUUGGUGUGGGUUUUUCCUUUAUCUAAUAGAAAGGAUUACUGUUUCCAGAGGUUUUUUUUUUUUUUUUUUUUUUUUUUUUUUUUGUCAAAACGUCCUGAAAACUGAAACGUUUCAGCGAAGGCCUAUGGAGCCACGAGGGAUUGUCAAAGCCUUUCCCAAGAGGAAGAAGGUGAGGGAUGACUCAGAGAAAAGCAUCCCUGCAAAGAUCCCGAAAGAGCAAGGAACAGAGAUACCUGAGGCAGAGUGGCUGAAACCAGUCAUCGCCUACGUGCUGCAAGCCGGCAUUGGCCAGGCCAGGGCCGAGAUCUUCCGCAGGCAGAUUGUGCAGAACGGGGGUGUGGUUCACAGCCAGCUCUCCUCGGAGGUGACACACGUCAUUGUGGCCGAGGACAUGGACUGCGACCGUGCCUUCCGGCUCCUCAGGCUAACCAAGCUGCCCCCGGGGCCGCAGCUGGUGAAGGCAGCCUGGCUUAGUGCUUGCAUUAGAGACCAGAAGCUGCUGAGUACUGCUGGCUAUGGUGUCUUUAUCCCUCACAGGUACCUGGAGGAGGAGGAAUUCCACAAAGAACAGCAACAGAUCCGGGACAGAGAAAAAAUGCAGCCCCCAGCAGAGGAGGGAGCAGUGAAACUGAGUACUGAAGCACAGGUGGAGGAUUCCUCACAGCGAGGCUCAGGCACCCUUGGACAGCAGCGACUGGCUGAGAAAUACUCUGAUGAUGAGGACAGCGAAGGAGAAGAUGCUGGUGUCACCCAGGGAGACCUGGAAGCAUUGAUUUCUGGCCGCUACCCUGUGAAAUCAUCAGAGGAGAUCAGUAAGAGCUCUGACACAGUGGCCCAGCCUCCCAGCAAGUGGGUUUGUGCCCAGUCUUCCAACACCAAGAAGGAAAAUCACAACCAGUGCAUCACAGAGAAGCUGGAAGUGCUGGCAAAGGCUUACUCUGUCCAGGGGGACAAGUGGAGAGCUCUGGGCUACUCCAAAGCAAUCAAUGCGCUCAAGAGCUACCACAAACCAGUCACCUCCUACCAGGAAGCCUGUAAAAUCCCUGGCAUUGGGAAGAAGAUGGCAGAGAAGAUCCUGGAGAUCUUGGAGAGUGGGCACCUGCGCAAGCUGGAUCACAUCAGUGAAAGUGUGCCUGUGCUGGAGUUAUUUUCCAGCAUCUGGGGAGCAGGGGUCAAGACAGCUCAGAUGUGGUACCAGCAGGGUUUCCGGACGCUGGAUGACAUCCGCAGCAAGGCCACUCUGACCAGCCAGCAGGUUGUGGGGCUGAAGCACUACAUGGAUUUCCUGGAGCGCAUGCCUCGGGAGGAAGCUGCAGAAAUAGAGCAGACUGUCAGACAAGCUGCCCUGGCCAUCAAGCCUGGCCUCGUGUGUGUUGCCUGUGGCUCCUACCGUCGGGGGAAGGCCACCUGUGGAGAUGUGGAUGUGCUGGUCACUCACCCGGAUGGGCAGUCUCACCGUGGGGUGUUCAGCAAGCUGCUCAGCAGCCUCCGCAGGAGCGGCUUCCUCACGGAUGACCUGGUGAGUCAGGAGGACAACGGUGAUCAGCAGAAGUACUUGGGCGUGUGCCGCCUGCCCGGGUCAGCGCAGCGUCACCGCCGGCUCGACAUCAUCGUGGUGCCGUACCGGGAGUUCGCCUGUGCCCUGCUCUACUUCACGGGCUCGGCUCACUUCAACCGCUCCAUGCGCGCCCUGGCCAAGACCAAAGGCAUGAGCCUGUCGGAGCACGCGCUCAGCUCGGCCGUGGUGCGAGGCCCUGGGGGUGCCAAGGUGGCACCUGGCCAUACUCUGCCCACCCCCACCGAGAGAGAUGUCUUCAUUCAGCUGGGGCUGCCUUACCGGGAGCCCUCUGAACGGGACUGGUGAUGCCUGCUUGUCACCAUGGGCUAGCUGCUGUGCUGCUGCUUUGAAGGAUCUGAUUUCCCCAGUAGUGGAAAGGCUCUGUGAUGCCUGCAGGCUGAGGAAUAUAUCCCACCAAACUGGGGCUCCUUGCAAGCGUGAGGCCUGGCUGCUGGGCAGAGCUGUGUGGCUUCCUCAGCAGAGGCUGUGGGCUGGAACCACACUGGAAGUGCUCUCUUGGUGUGGCUACCAAAAGGGCUCACUGCCCAUCAGCUACCCUGGCUCUGCUCUCCCCAGCUUUGGAAGACUGGGUUGCAGAACCUUGUGAUCCAGCCCCUGACAGUGCUUGGGAAUAAAGGAAGUGGGAUGCAUCUUCCUCUGGAUCUGACCACUGACACUGAAAUUUCUGUUCUGAGCUGUGAAUGGAGGUAGCAGAGGUCUGGCUUGGUUCUGUGACUGGCCCUCCUCCUCACUACUGCUGACAGUUGCUACUGCAGGAGUCUCAAGGGGUUAACCUGUGCUGCUGCUGUGUCCUUCUGUCUGAGCUGAUGUGUCCUUUGAUGGGUCCCAUUGCACAGGGCCAGGCUGCUGUUACUGCCACCAGCUUUCUCUGGUGCCAGCUAAGCCUUGAAAGAGACGUAGGGACCUGAGGUGCUGUACCUGCUUGCUCCCAGCCUUGUGUUCUGAGGAUCCUCCAGAUUUACUCAGAGCCCUGGUGUGGCCCAAGACCUUCUUUCUUGGUGCAGGAGAGGAGCAGAGCUCACAGCUUGGGGAGCUGUGCUCAAGAGGGAUUUGAAUGUAAUGGCACUGAAUGUAACCCAGCAGCGCUGUGCGUCUGUCUGUAGGAGGCAUGGAGACAGAGAGAAGCACAAGGAGAUAGUUAAGUUGUAACUGGGGCAAAGCAAAACGUUUUCCCUUUUUUUUUUUUUUGUGUGGAAGCCAUGGAGUCAUCUGGUCUUUGAUCAGGGAAAGUGUGUGUGUUUGUGUCUACAUGUGCACAGGGCUGGUCCCACCAGUUCCAUGGGAGUGAAUUUUAUUUCUCAGGAAACCUCAACUGUUUUAUAUUGUGAAGAUGAAUUUCCCAGGGACAUUGAGUCCUCUGUCUGUUACAGGUAUUGCAGUGGUUGCUUCUGGCAGAGGUGACAUGGUGGGCGUUUCUGUGCCAGAACCCCAAGGCUCUUGCUCCCUUGUGGGGAAUCUUGCUCUGUCAGGUACAGUGACAAAGCUGCGUGUUUGCUGCUAGGGCAGGCGCAAACCAGGUGGGUUUGCCCAGUUCCUGUGGCUGCUGGGCACCAGCAGGGCUGGGGCUUUGCUGGGGUGGCCCACACCUCAGCAGUGGCAUUUGCCAACCCAGCCUUUCUGCUGGACACCUGGGGGAAAUGAAUGUCUUUUGGCAUGUCUUGGUGCUUUGAAAUUUGAAGUGUAAUAAAUAAAUAAAUCCCUUCUCUCUUUUC